AUGGCCACUAUGAGCGAUCCCAGCCAUGGCAUCCAUCGCGACUUGCUGCCGCAUGUGCAUCUUCUCUCAACAUUUCGAUACACGCAAAAGCCACGAAUCGAGGUGCAGGAAGUUACCCAGAUGUUGAUGAACGCGCCGUCGGUCGCCCGCGACAAGGCUCCCUUCUUCUGGACCUACCUCGAUAAACCUGAUAAUGGCACUACUAUGCUUACUUGGCAGCCGCUGCAGCUCAUGGGCACAAACUUUGCCAGCGACGGCUACAUUUGGCCCCCGUCUGAGCAGUACUUUACGCAGGACAUGGGAAAUGGCAUUAUACUCGAAAUGUGGUUUCACAAGGCCGGAUAUGCCUACGGCGAGCCCAUGGCCUCCCAUUCCCGACGAAGAUUCCGUCUCUGCCCGAGCAAUGCAAUGAACCCGAACGCACCUCAGAUCGACCCGAGUUUAUGGAUUGUACACUAUGGUCCCAUUGACAACAACGAGCGCAUACCAGUCAACAUGCUGCCACGCGAUCCCCGUCUGCAAACUAUCAUGGAAGCCAGAAACUACCUACAGCGAUCUGGCCAGAUCCAGCGGAAAGACUUCAUGCUUUCUGAUCGUGUCAACUGGCCCCAGAUUACGUGGCCUCGGGAGCGACAGCCCAUGUACCCAGCCAAUAGGCCUGUACCGCAAGCCAUGGCAUAUCCUCCCCAUCCCCAGGCAGGAGCUCCGCCCUCGAAGCGCGCGAGAACCGGCCAGGCUGGUAACCAAGCCCCUGUGGGACUUACUCCUGACGACGACGACGAGGACUACUCGCGGGGCGAUGUAUUUGACCAUCUCACUCCACGAGAGAUCAGCCUCCAUCGCUAUCAACAAAACCAUGAAUGGAUGGAGGAGAUUUUGUCCUCGCCAUAUCGCAUGGGUCAAAUAGGCUUUGCGAACCUCGGACUUGGACUCAAGGGAGGACUCGGUGCCUUGACUAAUGGCAUCUUUGAAGCCCAAGGCAUCGAUGCUCUGAGCAAGCCUUCGCAGUCUGCGGGAAGCCAUCUUGAUAAAGACCAGGCUGCAGAAUUCCGAAAGAGGGUCUCCGAACACAUCGAAUCUACCAAUGAUGAGAUUGCCAAAAUGAAGGCCGACCACGAAAAGAGGUUGGCUAAGUUUAAGAAGAACUCGGUGCUGACUGCCGCCGAGAAGGAGCUUCGGACUGCCGUUGAUGAUGUAGCUCCUGGUCCUCUGAGUCUAGACCGACCUGAGGAGAAUGAGGAAGAUGCCCCACGUUGGACCUCAAAGCACAGCAAAAAGGUGGAGGAGAUUGUGUCGCAAGUUGAAGCUCAGCUGGGACGUCGUGCCGAAGUCAUCUAUGAUCUCAAGAGGAUACAGGAUGGCGGUUAUCAAGAACCCGCUCCAGAGCCUAUCCCCGAACCAGUUCCCGAGCCUUCGGCGGGCGGCGACUCGGAGGAUGUUGACAUGGGUGGCACUGCCGGCGGCCUACUUGAUCAGAUGCAGACUGGAGGUGCAUCUUCCACGUCAACGCCUGGCAAUGCCAACAACUUCCCCACACCUCAAGGUUUCUCUGCAGCUCAAUCCGGCUCGGGAACACCCGCCAAUGCAAACGUCCCUACUACCGCUCCUGCAGCUACCGCGCCAGCUACUGAAGCGCCUGAGGCCCCGAAGCAAGAACAAGAUGUUGACAUGGGCGGCACAGACAUAGAACCCAGUGCUGCGGCGGCAGUCGAACAUAGUAGUGGCGCUGACGACUGGGUUGUCGUUCCUAAGGGGGGUGUCUCACCUGGUGGCACAGCACCUCCACCUCCACCACCAGCAGCGGCAGCGGUAGCGGCAGCACCGCCAACCACAGCGACCCCCACUGCUCCUAGCAACGACUCGCCCGCUCCCAAGCCACCGUCGCGGCCAGCAAGCAAGCAGGCCUCGGCGAGCGGCACACCUGCUGCCGGCUCUGUGGGCUACGAUGCCAACGACUUUGGCUCACUGGGCGAUCUCGAUAGUGCAGGCGACGCCCUAGCAAGUUUCUCCGACACACCCGCCGAUAUGGGCGGCGACUUCAUGGAGGAUUCGGCUUUUGGUGAUGCGUUCCAUGGCGUCGAGGCUGAAGGUGAUGAUAAUAGUGGCAACACGCCGGCUGGCGAUGCGAACUUGUAG